GGUUGGCACAUUUAUCCAUUGAGAAAAAUUUCUGAAUGGAGGCAAUGGAAGUCGUCUAACUCCUCCAUUGAGAGCAACUUCCGAAUGGGACCAAUGGAAGCCAACAAUUUUAUUAAUAUCGACAGGUUAUGUUUAUUGG